AUGGCAAAUACAUUGACAAUUUCAGCGCCUUCAGGAAGAAUUUGGCCAAAGAAGCCUGACCUAUCCCCAGAGGGUCUUUUUCUUUCAAUUGAUUUUAAUAUAGCUACAGUUCUGUUUAUAGUAGAGGCAUGAAAUAAAGUAUAAAAUAGAUAUAUAUGCUAUAAAAUUGCUUUUAAGUCUAGGAACCAAAAUAAUGCAAUAUCUUUUAUAUUUCUUAGUAUCAAGACUAGGUAGUUUAGUAUAGAGGGGGUUUCAUGCUUUGCCAAUCAUAUUAUAUAUAUAGCUUAUGCACCGUUAUUAAUCGUCAUUGUUGAAAUAUGAUCAUUAUAAUGAGCUUGAUACUUCCUAGAUCUUAUCUAGAACCCUCAUCAUUGAAACCGAAACUAAGCAGGGUUGUGUAAAUUAACGACUAAUUUGUAAAUUGAGUUUGACAAAGUCCGUUUGGCUCGGGUCAUGAAAGGAAAUGCAUAUACCAAGAAGCUGGGGUUCGGCCCUACAUUGAACGCAUGAUGCUUAGAAGCAGGGACUUAAAGCAUGCAUCUUAAUCUAGUCUAAGCUAACCUAUCAAUUGAUUUUUCUCCUUCUUCUUCAACUCCUGCUUCAGCAACCUCUUUUUAUGCCACUUCCUCAGAAACCCUCUAUACUUCAGACACACGAGGUAAUGCAACUCAAUUCCUCCUUUCCCAAAACCGAUAUCUCCAGCCAGUGCGCAAAUCUCCUCAAGUUUCCAAGCUCCUUAUCACUCCUGAAAAUGACUACUUGCUAUUAGCUUUAAAGCCAAAAGGACUCGAAAUUUAUUCUAUGAACGGUAAAAAAUUUGGAUCAUUUUUCGAUCAUAAAUUCGAAAUAAAAGGCUUUGACAUCAACCAUAUAAGAAAAAGCAUUUUAAGCUAUUCCUCACUCCCCCAGUAGUGAGCAAAUUCUUACUUGUUCGGGUUUUUAGUAAAUAGAAAUUUAUAUGAAUAGAUCAAAAUUUGCUUAUUAGAGGAUUAAUUCCCUAAAAUUGGUAUUUUUAAAAAUCCAGAAUAAGCAAGAAUUUGCUUAUUGCUGGGGGAGUCAGAUGCUGUAGUGAUCUGGGAUAUGAAUAAUUGAAGAAAAAUUAGAACUAUGUAUGCAAGAUCAAAUAGCUACUCAAUGGUGAAAUUCAGCCCAGAUGGGCAGUCAAUAAUUACAUGCUUCAGAGAAGGCACAAUCUUUCAGUGAAGCUUGUCUACAAAUGAUCUGGAAAAGCAGUUUGCAAUGAGCAGCAUUGACAUUUUCGAUUUUAAUCAAGGGAUUUUAUAUGGAGUUGGGAAAGAUUUGUCGAUAAAAGUGUGGAGACUUGAUUCUCCACAGAAACUUGAGUAUUCUUUUGGGCCUAUUCCCGGGGUAAAAGAUUUUAGUAAGAUGCAGUGCUAUAAGCGACAUGUAGUUUUGAGUGCGGAUAAUGGGAGACUGUAUUUUAUCGACCCAGUUGAGUGCAAAAUUGAAUUUGAAUUUCAGAUUGGAACACUUUUUAUAGUAGAUUUCCAAAUCAUACAUGAUAAAUUGUUUUUGAUAUUAUCGAAUGGAACAGUAAAUGCGUAUGAUUUUAGCACUCUUCUUAAUAAAUGCACAUCUAUAGCUAAUAAACGGCUAUCCAUGGGACUUGAAGAAAAUUUAGUAUAUACGCACCUUCCGAAGUCAACUUUUAAUGAAACAUUUAUUCACCCAAAUCUUGAUUCUAAUCCUCCAUUAAAUCCGAAAGAAGACGUAUUAUUUACAAAAAUAGGUACAAAUAUGUCAAUUUUAUCAACUCCUACAGGUUCAAGCUCUGUUUCUGAUACUCUCCAAUGUCAGCAUGAGCUAUUUAUUAAUUUAUUUAAGCAAGCUAAACUAGACCCUCAUGACUGCAAAAUUCAGCAUUGCCAAUUAAGAAGAAUUUUGCAUUAUUAUGGGGAAUACCCAGAAGAGCAUAGAAGCUUAAUUUGAAGGUUUUUAUUGCAAACUCCUGGAAAUCGAGAAGCAUUUAAAGGCUUAACUGAUAGAGGAACCCAUCCUAAUUUCGCCUAUAUUUUUAAAGACAUGAAAAAUAUGAGUCACAAUGAUUAUGACAAAACAGAAAAAGUUUGCUCAGCAUUGGCUUAUUGAAGCCCUUUUUUUGGAGAAAUUGAUUAUUUGCCUAAGCUUGUGCAUCCAUUUGGAAAAGUUUAUCCAGGGGAUGAUUUAAGCUGCUUCGAAGUUGUAGCUUCAGUGAUUGUGCAUUGGCUGCAGCAUUGGUUUGAAUUCUUUCCUAAUGCACCUGUAGUUUGUUUGCAAAGCAUUGACAAUAUAUUAAUGGCAAAUAGUCAACAAAUGUAUGAUUUUCUAUUAGAAAAAUUAGGAAAUUUAUCAGUGAUUACUUGGCCACUAUUAAAAUCAUGGCUUUUUGACGUAGUCCCGCAUGGAGAUUGGGUUAAAAUUGUUGACUUUUUAUUUACAGACUGGGACAAGCCUGAGCUUACUCUUUAUAUGAUUGCAAUGUAUAUCCUCUACUACAAAAAAAGAAUUUUUGCUUUACAAAAGAAAAAAGACGUCAUUAACUUCUUCAACACAAAGCGGCCAUUAAAAGUUAAAAAAUUCAUGAAAAAUGUGUUCAAUUUAUAUGAAAAUGCUGGAACUAAAACAUCAGUUGUUGCAUUCAACGUAAAACUGCCAUUAACUCCAAUUCAGUAUCCUCUAUUUACAGGAUAUCCUAAAUAUGUAGUUGAAUCAAUUGAUGACAUUGCUGAACAAAUUAAAAUCGAAGAAGAAUUAAAAAAUAAAGAAAAAGAAUACAAAGAAGGCCUACAAAAAAGAUUAAAUAAUAUUGAAGAACAAGAAGAUGAAUUUCAGCAAAGAACGCACGCUGCAAUAAACGCAGAAAGAGAGAAAUUCCAGCAGCUCAAAAUUGAAGAAAAAGAGAGAUUAGAAGUAAUGAAGCAAAACGACAGAGAGGCUAGAGAAAAAAGACUUCACCAAAUAGAAAGGAUUGAAGAAGAAGGCAAAAAUUAUGUGGAUCGACAGAAAAGCAGACGUGCAGCACUAUUAGAAAAGCUGCAUGGCGAUAUUGAAUUUAAUAAAAACCGGCAAGAUUACUAUCAACAGUACUUAAUGGAAGAAGAAGCACUAAAUGCCCUUGAAUAUCGAGCAACCCAAAGGCUUCUUGGACUUCUUAAAGCAAGAGAAGCUGAAGAGUCAGCUAAAAAAGCAAAAAUCCCUGACCUGUUUUAUGACAGAGAAGUUGACUUAAAAGAUCGCCUUCUUCAAGCAAAAUGGGCCUUAGAAGAGCAGGAGAGAAAAAUUUCACAAGCAGCAAGAGAAAACUUGCAAAAGGAAGAAAAAGAACUUGAAGACAACCAAAAACUCUUAUCUAAAAAUGCCAUAAACAGAAGAGUUGAAGAGCUUGAAAGGGAAAUAAAAAUCCUAGACUUAGAAAAAGAAAGAAAACUCAGGCAUUUAGCAGAAGAUGAGCUACACAGAAAUGAAGAAUUCAAUGAAGAUUACCAAAGACACCUCAAGAUUUUGAAGAAAAAAGAAGAAGCAAACCUUAAUGAGUUGCAGCAAUGUGAGCAAGAAAAUGAGCUAAGAAGAGCUAAAGAAAGAUUUGAAAUUAUAAUGCAAGAAAGGGAAAACCAGCUAAAUGAAAGGUUAAAGCAACAAAAAGCUAUGCUUGAGAUAGAAAACGAAAACUCGCAAAGAGAGGCUGAAGAAAAAUUAAUCACGAUUAGAAAAGAACAAGAACAGAAAUCACUAAUGGAAGAAAAGAAGCUGCAAGAAGAAAUACUUAAGCUCGAAAUAGAAAGAAGAGCUGAAAAGCAGCUUGAGCAGCAAAUUUUGUUUAAAGAAAAAGAACUUCGAGAGAAAAAUAUAUUCGAAAAAGUUCUUCACGACACUGAAAAACGUCUCAGUGACUCUGUAGACUAUGUCCAACCUGUAGCAGAAGGCGAAAAAGGGUAUAAUGAUUAUUUAUCAAAAGCAAAUCAAAUUACCCAGAAACGAGUAAACUCUGAACAAGGAUACAGCGGGCACCAAAGCUACUCCAACUCUUCAUCGUCAGGAAACAAAUAUUCUAGCAUGAGCUCAAGCUACCAUUCAAGCUAUCAGUCUAGUCAAAGCUCGAAACAAACUCCUCCUCUCCCCGUUCGCAUGAACCCCAACUACAGUUCUUCAUCAGAAAAUUCUGAAGAAAGCUUUAACUUGUCACAGUCAGAAAAUAGCCAAGGCGAGUACCUUACGAGACAUACAGCCCCUGCUUAUUCCUCUGAAAUAGACUAA